GUUACAGGACUAGCACCACAUUCGUCAAAACAUGCAUGUAGCAAAUGUACUAGAGUCUUUUCAUGCUUUUCAGGAACUUCUAAACUUGAUUAUUCUAACUAUAUUCAAGAAGAUCCGCCAUUAACUAAUGCUGAACAUCGACGAAUAGCUUUACAGUACAAAGUUAGUGACUCAACAACCCAAAAAAAAUUAUUUCAGCAACAUGGAAUUCGAUGGACCUGUCUUUUAGAAUUACCAUAUAUCGAUAUUCCUAGAUUUACUACAAUUGACCCUAUGCACAAUAUAUUCUUAGGUACAAGUAAGCGUAUAGUGCAACAUGCAUGGAUGAAUGACAAUUUACCAAAACUUGGUAUUAAACAAUUGCGUGAAAUUCAAAUUCGAAUUGAUUCAAUUCCUUUACCAGUUGAUAUGGGACGUAUAAACUUUAAAAUUACCUCAGGUUUUGAUGCACUUACAGCUGAUCAAUGGAAAAUAUGGGUUCUGGUUUAUUCAACAUAUGUUUUACAUCAAUUUCUUGAUGAGGCUGAUCGGCGGUGUUGGCAAGCAUUUGUUACUGCAGUAUCGAUAUGGAGCCAGAGAAUUAUAACGGAAGCUGAAAUCGAAGCUG